AACUUCAGAUCCCACUACCACAACUCUAGCUCCAACCGCCACAACUCCAGCUCCAACCACCACAACUGCAGGCACCACAAGUCCGACCCCAACCGCUACAACUCCAGAUCCAACCACCGCAACUCUGGCUCCAACCACCACAAGUCUGGAUCAGACCACAACAACACCGGCUCCAACCAACACAACUGCACCUACCACUACUCCGGCUCCAACCACCAAAACUCCAGCUCCAACCAACACAACUGCACCUACCACAACUCCGACUCCAACCACCACAACUCCAGCUCUAACCACGACAAGUGCAGCUACCACAACUCUGGCUCCAACCACCACAAAUCUGGAUCAGACCACAACAACGCCAGCUCCAACCACCACAACUGGUGCUCCAACCACCACAACUCUAGCACCAACAACCACAAGUCGAGCUCCAACCACUGCAACUUCAGAUCCCACUACCACAACUCUAGGUCGAACCGCCACAACUCCAGCUCCAACCACCACAACUGUAGGCACCACAAGUCCGACUCCAACCGCUACAACUCCAGAUCCAACCACCGCAACUCUGGCUCCAACCACCACAAGUCUGGAUCAGACCACAACAACACAGGGUCCAACCACCACAACUCCAGCUCCAACCAACACAACUGCACCUACUACAACUCCGGCUCCAACCACCACAACUCCAGCUCCAACCAACACAACUGCACCUACCACAACUCCAGCUCCAACCACUACAACUCCAGCUCCAACCACGAGAAGUGCAGAUCCCACAACUCUGGCUCCAACCACCACAAGUCUGGAUCAGACCACAACAACGCCGGCUCCAACCACCACAACUGGUGCUCCAACCACCACAACUCUAACACCAACAACCACAAGUCCGACCCCAACUGCUCCAACUCCAGAUCCAACCACCACAAGUCUGGAUCAGACAACAACAACACAGGGUCCAACCACCACAACUCCAGCUCCAACCAACACAACGGC